UAACUUUCAGUCUGUAGUUCAUUUCACCUUAGUGUAAUUUGCCUCUGGGAUUUCAUCAUACAUUUCAGAAGGAGAAUGGUGUAUGGUAACAGCCACUCGCUCAUUGCUUGGCAGGGAAAGAAGAGGCCAGAGGGAAGACCAGCACAGGGUGUUUCACAACAUCUUGCCAAGAGCGCAUUUUCUCCAGCCAAAUAAAGAAUCAAGUGCUUUUUCACCCUAUGCUAAUGACUUCUGCUUGAACGGUAGAGAUGCCAAGAACAUUGCUGAGUCCCCCAGGAGCAGUCGUAAGCUGCACCCGCUGACACAGCCGGGCUUCUACAGUCCAAAAAUCCCCCGAUCAAAACACUUUGAAGCUGCACAGUCUGCAAAAAAAUCUUUGAAAGGAUCUUCUUCUACAAACAACUUGAAAGAGUUCUUUGCUCUCACGUUGCCUCUUCCGUGCUCCAGAACUGCUGUUCUAAAAACCAGCCCUUUGUGUUCCAAACCACAAAAAGUUACAACGUUUGUGGUGGAAAAGCCUCCUUUGAUGAGAGCUGUGGUUUCUCAAACUUCACCAACCUCAAGUCAACCUGACAAAGAGCACUUCAGCCAACUCCAGCCAAGAGAGGACAGUCUCAUCAAGAGCCAGGACUGCAGUUUGUUCAGUCUGCAGGAACCCAAGAGCAAACCUCCUAGAUAUGACCAACCUGUCUGGAGUCAGAGCCAGAAUUUAUCUACCAGGGAUCAUCUUUCUAUUAACACAGUACAUCUGUUCCCUGAAUGCCAUUCUAGAGCAGACCAGCCUGCAAUGCUUUGUCCAAAACUGGAAAAGGCAAAUCAUGAGAGAUUUAGCUUGAGUGUUGACGCUGACAUUAAACAAUCUCAAGAUGACCCUGACUGGUCAUGUCAACUUCAAACCAGCCCAGCUAUACCUGACUGCAACCCAAAACAAAAGAAGACAAAAUAUACACAACAUAGAGAAACCAUUGAUGUUAGAAACACAGAUCACAACCAUGUAAAUAGUCAGGUGGAUGUGAACUCAAAGAAUGUGUUUGGUGAGCCUCGGGUGAUCGCAUCACUGCGAGCCGCAUGUUCCCCGCGGCCUGUUCGUAAGAGCACAGUGGUCGAGGACUUGAAAAAACUCAUUGUGAUGGAUGACACAGAGGACAGCAAUCAGGGUGAUUCGUCACCUCAACAAAAAGAGGCAGGUCUUUGCAGCAGUUUGCGAAUGUCAGGUUCAUGUGCAAGUCCAUCAUUACUCAGUCAAAAUAACCCAGUGUCUCCCUCACUCACACCCAUCCAUCUCAACCUGCAAACAUGUCAAACAGGCAAGAGUUAUUCCUUUUAUGAAGCAUGA